UUCCGAGACGGUCAGAAAAAUGGCGAGCGGUGUGGCGGAGGAGGAGAGAGUGAGAGGGGUGGCCGCCGGAGAAGAGGAGGAGGAUGCAGACCUGCCGCAGCUGAGCGCGGCGGCGGCGGAGGCGCUGCGGGAGUUCCUGCUGGAGCAACGGCGGGACGGAGGGGAAGGGGAGGAAGGGGGAGGAGGCGGGGUGGAGCUGGUGGCGGAGGACUGGCGGCUGAGCCAGUUCUGGUACGACGAGCGCACCGCGCGGACGCUCGCCGAGGAGGUAGUCCGCCUCGUGUCCCUGUCCGGCCCUGCCUCCUCCUCCGCCGCGGUGGCCUGCGUCGCGUGCCCGACGCUGUACGCCUACCUCAAGGCGAGCAACCCGGAUGUGCCCGUGCAGCUGCUGGAGUACGACGAGCGGUUCGGCCAGUACGGCGGCGACUUCACCUUCUACGACUACAACCAGCCGGAGGAGCUGCCGGCGGAGAUGAAGCACGCCUACCGGAUCGUCGUCGCCGACCCUCCCUACCUGAGUAAGGAGUGCUUGGAGAAGGUUGCCAAGACGGUGUCUUUCCUCGCGCAUCCUGAAGGUUCAUUCCUGCUGCUACUUACAGGGGAAGUUCAGAGGGACAGCGCAUAUGAGCUCCUAAAUGUGCGUCCCUGCGGUUUCAAGCCUCAGCACUCAAAUAAACUGGGAAAUGAAUUCCGGCUGUUCACAAAUUAUGAUCCUGUGGACAGACUUGGCGGUUGGGAGCAAAAUUAAGUCUUGGUGCCUAGGGAGGGUGGAUUCAUGCUUGCUUUGACAGUUCCUACAUUUUUGUUUGUAGCUCACUGAAGCAAUAACGUCAGUAGGAAUUUCUGCAAUGUUUUACUGAA